UCAGGACACCCCUCCCCCAGCACCAACUUUUUCCAAACAUGAGCUUGUCUCACUCGUGGUUCCUGCCGCUGACCAUUGUUCUCCUGGUGGAUCAGUGCCAUGGCCUAUUCCUACCCAACAACACCUUUUUGGAGAACUUUUUGAGCAAAUACAGCAACAGCGACACCCCUCAUUCCCGGAGCAGAAGGGCCAUCCUCAAGACGGAUAAAGAGGAGAUCCUACAACUGCACAACAAGCUACGAGGGCAGGUUCACCCACCGGCCUCCAACAUGGAGUUCAUGACGUGGGACGAGGAGCUGGAACGGUCUUCAGAAGCCUGGGCUCAGGAGUGUAUGUGGGAGCACGGACCAACCAACCUUCUCAUGUCCAUUGGGCAGAACUUGGCGGUACACUGGGGCAGACCGCCACUGACCCAUCUUUUCCACCUCCAGAUCGUCUGGGCCACGACCACGAAAGUGGGCUGCGCGGUCAACAACUGCAAACGGAUGAACGUGUGGGGAGAGAUCUGGGAGAACGCCGUCUACCUGGUCUGUUCCUUCUAUUUCAGGGGCAACUGGAUCGGAGAAGCGCCAUAUAAAACCGGGCGACCGUGCUCCGAGUGCCCGCCCAGCUACGGCGGCAACUGCAAGAACAACCUCUGCUACAAAGCUCAAGUCAUCAAGUGUGAGACGAAGAUGAGGGACAAAUGCAAAGCAUCCACCUGCAACAGGCCGAAAGCCGGUCAUUUUGGGGAGAAAUUUGGCAGCUGCAGCUUUGACGUCUCUCGGCUCCUGUCGCCACAUUGUGACUUUUCCUAUCGAUUGGAGAUGUUCAAUGACAGAAAUGUUUCCGCACAGAUGUCCAGCCUCUGCCGGGCAGCCAUUCACUACGGGGCCAUCGACAAUAACGGCGGCCUUUCACUCACGCAGCUGGGACGUGCUCGUGUUUUGUCUUCUCUCUCAGCGCAGACAGUUGACUGCUACUCAACCGUGGCCGAGAUCUGCCCCUUCGAGAAGCCAGCUAAGCACUGCCCAAGUUUCCAGACCUCCAGCAUCUGCAGGACGGCGGUACACGCCGGGGCCCUAAAGGACGAGGUUGGCGGGUACGUGGACGUCAUGCCUGUGGACAGGAAGAACCAUUAUUUGGGCUCCAAUAAAAACGGGAUUCAUUCAGAAAGCUUCAAGAAUCGGAAAGAGGGAAAAUCCUUCCGCAUCUUCGCUGUGAAACAGUAACCGGAAAGCCGAGCGUCGCGGAAUGUCUACAUGAACUUUGAGAAGACCAAAAA